UGGGACAUGACAUACAAGGGUAAUUCUAUUCACAGCCACACUUUUGCUAAAUACAGCCUCAUAUAUCUUCAAAUGUCUAAAUUAUCCUUACAACCACAAACUUAAUGUUCAUUGAAAUAGACAGGAGACAAAUUAUCCUUCCUGAUCUUAAAAAGUGGAAGAAUCCAGUUGCUCCGUCAAGUAACACGGAACAAAGGUUUAUGAGACUCCGACGAAGCUUAGAGUUCCACUACCUCCGUCGCAGUGCCGCCCAACUCCCAGUCGCUCCGCCACUGCUCUGGUCCCCAUUGCUGCUCAAGGAAAGCCCAGGCCUUGAUUACAACCUCUGUAAUUCUUUAAUUUGUUCAGUUCCUGGAGCUCAACCUCGAGGUCUGCCAUUAAUGGCCGCUCAAAGCUCUGGGAAGCACAGACUACCCCAAAAUCAUUGCCGGUGUCACGGCUGAAAGUCUCUGCCCUGUACAAUACUUGUCUCCCAGCAACGCUACUCCUUCUUGGUCCCAACUACGCUGACUCCUGGUCCUUCUUCAACAUUUGAUUCAACUUAAACUUUGGUUGAUUCUUCUUGUUUCCGUUGAGUCUCUUCAAGUUACGACGCUGGUGUCUUCUAACGACCUUGAACGUGAUGCAGAAUUUAAGCCUAUUCAUUUCAGUAGGUAGAUAGAGGGAAGAUGACCUUGAAUAGAAGCAGAGGAAUGGAAUUAAGGGGCUGGAGUCGGUAAUAGGAAAGAAGCGAUGAAUGAAAUUAAGGGUAUAUUUGGAUUUAUUAAAAAAAUGUGAUUGUAUUUAGUAAAAUGGUGGCUGUGAAUAGAAUUUCCCGACAUACAAUUAUUAAGAAAAAUUAGUUCACAUACGUGAUUGAGUUUUCUUUUAAUUUGAAAUUUGCUGAUCUGGUUUAAUCUAAUCUUGUCUGGUUUGUUUAAAUAUGGUUUGGUUUGAUCUAA